ACACCUCAUAAGGCUCAAAAGCCCCUUUCUACGCCUGUUGCGCCGUAUCUCAUUCAUGCAAUUAUUCGUGGAACAGCUCUCUGGUGCUAUCGCCACCGUACUUGUCCAAUCUUCGGACACCAUUGACUCCGUCAAACGUAGGAUCAUAGAGACUGAUAGCACACCCACCUUGCACCUGAAGUUUCGUGGUCACUUUCUCGAGGGUGACCAAACUCUCGCCGAUUGUGGAGUUCAUGAUGAGGAUAUCGUUGUCAUCGCCCUUCGCCUGUGCGGUGGAGCACCACCCCUUCCUUGCCCAAUGGAGAGGAUUAUGCCUGACGGCGAAGGUCUAGUUCCGCAGAAGAAAGACAAGAACAAAGUGUUCCGCAUGCUCUUCCCCGGACAGCUACAGAUUUAUAUCCGCACCGUCGGGGAUCAGUCAAUUGCCGUGACCUUAUCGAUGGAUGAAAAGGUCCUUGUACUGAAGCAGCAGAUUGAGGAAAAGCUGGGUAUCCCGGCGGAUGACCAACGCCUGUUGUUCAGCGGUCAGGAACUGGAAGAUCAACGAUCCCUCGCAGACUAUGAGCUUCAGACUGAUAACACGGUGCAUCUCAGCACACGGUCCACACCCGCUCGCCAAGGUUCAGUUCGCACGACGUUACAGAGGCUCCGGCGCCCAGUGCCCUCAAGUGAAGAAGUGCAAAUCUUCGUAAAGAAUCUGAACGGUAAAACAAUGGCAAUCAUGGUAUCUCCUGCGGAUACCGUAAAGAGCUUGUUGGAGAAGGUCGAGGUGAAAACGGGAAUUCCACCGUCCCAGCAACGCCUGCUGUACGGCGGAAAGCAGCUUGUUCCGGACAUGAUCCUUGCUGACUACAAUAUCCAGAAGGAGAGCACGUUACACCUCGUUCUUCGCCUACGUGGCGGCGGAACGUCAGCAUGAUCCAGCUCGGAUAUUUCUCUCGCGAUAUCUGUCCAUUUUUCCCCAUUAGCGAACGUGUUCUAUGAUUCCCUCACGCCGUUCCCUUAGUACUUCGCGUGUACUGUUGGCAUUUUAUCCAAGUGUUUGCGAUACUUGUGCUACUUC